AUGAUCGCAGCUGCCAGAGAGUUGGCCAAAAAAGCUGCAGCUACCAAGCCUCAAAACGACGGCUAUCUCACGGGUGAUAACUGGGGCUCCAGCGAAAGGUCAGACGAAGAUGUUGAAUCGUUGGAGGACGAGGAUGAAGGUGAGAGUAAUGAGAUGGCUGAAGGAGGAGAAGGUGGUGUAGGCGAAGAAGCGGAAGUAGUGAGCUAG